AUGAGCAGGUUCCCUUUCAUCCCACAGCCUGCCGCACUCCUGGAGCGAGAGAGAGCGAGGAGCAAGCCUCCGAGAUGGUGCGGCCCGCAGCGCAGCCAUGGAGCCCACCCGAGGAGCCCGCGCGCACUGCUGCCAGCCUGUCCGCAGCCCACUGCCUGCGCGCCAGCUCCCUGCGUCCCGGGCCAGCUGCUGCCGCCCCGCCAACCUCCGUCCGCCCCGCCGCCCCACGCCACUGAGCCCCACCCCAGUGCCGGGCUCCCGGGCACCACCGGCGCCCUAGUCCCGCCGCCGCCGUCGUCGCCACCGCCUCUGCUCUGCUGCUGCCGCGCAGCCGAGGCGGAGGAGGAGAGAAAGGAGGAGGAAGGUAAGUAG